AUGGGCUCUCGCUCAUUUUUAGUAUCAUACAUUGAAAGACUUCGAUUCGGGAAAAACCAUGACCAAAGUAGGGUCAAUCUUCAUGUUCAUACAAAUUACACUGCCAUGAAGCAAGAAGUUAUGUCUUAUAUUGAAGGCAAUUUCGCAUCUUUCAGUGCAGUCAGGCACUUCCAUCUAACCGAAUCCGAGCUCUACAUGUACAGAGUAACCCGCAGGGAGAUGCGUAGGGGUAGACUGUUUGCAUUUGGAAUGCAAUGGGAAUAUAUCCGCCCUUUUCAUUCAUUUAUUAUGGACGCAAGUGACACCAAUUACCUCCUAUGUUAUACGGGCAGAUCGUCCAACCAAAUAUAUAACCAGAAUUCAAAAGUCAAGAAACUGCCAGAUAUCAAGCGACAUGUCACAAUUUGUAGCUACUGCAUUGCUUACUUUGGUUACCAAGGAUACCCUAAAAACAUUUACAACAUGAUUCAAGAAGCCAAUACGCAUAGCAACAACGACAACGACAACAACAACAGAAAUAUUCGCGGAUCAAAAUUUCGAACAGAAUAUUGUGAAGAGUCUGAAGGAGAAGAGGUACUAGAGACCUCAUCCUCUCAAGAAGACUUUGAAAAAGCGGCCUAUAAUCCUCACAGCUACCUUAGCUUAAUGAUAUUUUUUAACUUGCGCCCGUGGAAUUUUCUACAUGCCGAAGGUCUAAAUGAAGAUGCUUAUCAUAGCUGA